ACUGAAAACCUUUGGCCUGUUUCUCCUCUUUGCUUUACUCUCAUGAUGACUCAGAGUUGUUUAUUGGCAGAGAGACAUCAUGCCUCUACAAAAAAGGAAAUGGGUGUUGUUUAUCUUUCAUCCCCCAGCUGUACAAGCUGCUCAACGGGCGCUCCCAUACAGAGCAUCUGCGUCCAUACCUUGAUCAUGUGUCACAUAUUCUGAUGCACACCCACAGGUUUUAUUUCCACAUAUACUAGUGCUCUGUACAGCUGUUAGAUAUCACUUGUCUAAAAGUCAGAGGAGAGUGAGCAGUGAAAGUAAAGACUUUGUCUCCCAACCAUGUGGUCCAGAUACAACGUGAGAGGACAUGAGGAGAAUAUAUUUGAUAAUCAGCACAUGAAGCUGAAUGAUUUGAAAGAGGAAGCUCUAAACCAUAAGCUGGGAAACCAAUACCUCGGCAAAAUCAUCCCAUCAUACCCUCACCCGGAGUUUCAUGUGAGUCAUCUGAAACACGACACAAACGAAGAUGGAUUGCGGGGCAUCAAGAGGGAUGGCGGCUUCAAGAAGCCGGGCGCAGGCUCUCUGCUGUGGUGGAGUCUGGUUGUGGGACCUGAUGAGAUUAGGUCAGCUGAGAGGAGGCUCCUGGAGACCACCUACCCAGACCGGACGGAGGAGCAGGCCGAGGCACAGCAGAGCUUCUUGAAGGAGUUUGCCACGUCUCCGGCCCUCAACAAGACCUCCAGGCUGGGCUCGUACCGCUUCACAUUCCCCCUGAAGGAGCUGCUGACGGCCUACAGCAAGCAGUUUUGUCAAGGCGCUCCGCCCGUCAUGCGGGUGUUAAGGACUGUCCUGUACAAACAGGAAGUGAUGUACGUUGUGGUGGUCCACAGUCCGGCCAAUCAGAAGAAGUUGUCAGACUGUCCUUUGCUGACUGACGACGACCCAAACGCUGUCUGCACUUACAAGGAUGGCCGCUUCAUCUGGAGGCCUGAGGCCAUGUGUGAGACACACAAAUAUGAGUUGGUCCAGAUACCUGAAGAAAAGAGGAUGGGAGCACAUCCUGUAGAGUCUUACCAUCAGUUUUAUGUGUGGGAUAAUGUCGCUGUCGCCCUGCAUGUGAAGAAUAAGGUGCUGAACUUUGAUCCCAUCCGACUGAGAGAGAACCUCAAGUUCUGCAGUGCAGAAAACCCUGGAAUGAUGCGUGGUGUCAGAUUUGAAGACUUCCCACAAGCUGAAGAAAAUGUUAAAGAAUUGUGGCCUGGCAUCCUGGAGAAGGAUGAAUAGAUAAAUGAAUUAGCUGUGACGUAAAACAGAAAAAUCUGAGUUUGGGAAGGGAUGAUUCAUACAGAAGUAUUUUCCAUUUUGAACACUGUUUUACCACUAGACCCAUUGUUUUAGAUUAUAGGAGCAAUCCCUGAUGGCGCCAUGGAAAAGAGAAAGGCCGACUUGCAACAUCCUUUUAAUGUUGACAAAAGAAAAUGAUCACUUUAUCUUUGAUCAAACGAAAGACGGGUAAAUGAAAGUGUACACACAGUGGAAAUGUAUUUAAUUAUAAAUAAAUUAUAAUUUAAAUUAUAAUUAUAAAUUAUUUUUAAUUGAUUUAUUUUCCUUCUCUGUGUGGAUGCACAUGAUGCCAGGAUUUAAAAUGUUAAUUAUAAUAUUUGUUUGCCAAACUGCAGAGGUGUGGACUCAAGUCCAC